AUGCGACGGCUCCUGCAGACCCUCUGCUUGCUCCUGCUGCUGCCCUUGCUCCGUGGCGCUGUCAUCACGGGGCCGAAUGGGAGAGCUGGGAGCAUCCCUCACCUCUCCCUUAAAUCCCCAUGCGGGAUUUGCACCCAGUCGCCAGGAGCAGAUUUCUUGGCUGCUCCCCAAGGGAUUUUGGGGGCAGACACGCUGACCUCCCCCUCACCCGCCCCAUUGCCUUUGUGUCUCUCCCAGGCCUGCGAGCGGGACCUGCAGUGCGGCAGCGGGACGUGCUGCGCUGUCAGCCUCUGGCUCCGGGGUCUGCGGAUGUGCACCCCCCUGGGGCAGCAGGGGGACGAGUGCCACCCCUUCAGCCACAAGGUCCCAUUCUUGGGGAAGCGCCAGCACCACACCUGCCCCUGUUUGCCCAACUUCAUCUGCUCCAGGUUCCUCGAUGGCCGCUACCGCUGCUCGCUUGACUUCAAGAACAUUGACUUUUAGGUGAUGGAGCUGUGAGUUUCAUCCUGGCUGCCAGCCCUCAGUGCCCAUUUUUUGCUCCCUCCUGUGGCUUAAUGCAGUGUCCCACAAGGCAACCCUAAAAAUGCUUUUCCAAGGUAGAAAACAUUGUUAUAAGCUAUGUAUCUGGAGAAACUGAGGCACAGUUGGGCCAAGCUGCUCUGGCACAUUGGUUAGCAAAGCUCUGCCCCAGAGCAGAGCCCUGUUCUGCAGAGGAGCAGACAGAGGACAGGACACAUCUCUGGCCUCAAAAAAACAUUUCACAGGAUAUUGUCCGGCUGUAAUGGAUGCUGUCCGCUACAUUUCACCUCCAUCCUUUAUUUUAUCAAAAUAAAGGGUGAUGAAAUUUGGGAAGAGUGAGAACACAAAACUCCCACCUCUGCAGCCAAGUGCUUCCUCCCAUGGGGUUUGCCCCAGUGCACAAUAAAACUUGGGAGGUGAAGCUGAUCGGCACCGUUUCACCUGCCAAAGAGUCUGCAAAGCGAGGCCAGCAGGAGGAGGUGGCAGUGGCAAUCUGAGCUCCUCUCUGGGAGGCUGAAGGGCGUUGGCUGCAGAGCUCAAGGCACCUUCCUGCACAGUCCCUUCCUGUUGCCUCCAAAAUGAACAGUGAUCUUUGGCUGCUUUCACUAGAAACUCAUUUCAGGGAAGGGGAGAUUUUUGGCAGUGCCAAGCCAUCCCAUUUUCACAUUUUGCAGGCAAAAGAGGGGAAUGGAAAGCUUAUUUCUGCAUUUUUCAACUGUGCAGGAAAAGACAAAAGGAAAAAACAAAAGGAAAGUCAGAGGAGCAGAAAUUUCCCUUUGUGAGAAUUUGAGCUUUUUGAUUGACAACCAAACUUCAGCUUCUUCCCAAGCCAACACAAACCCAAUGCCUCUGCAGUGCCCCUGUAGCCUCCCAGCUGUGCUGGCUCCCGUGCAGUUCCUCCUGCACAAAUCUGCUUUGUGAUCUAUGCAACGACAAUUCCUGUUGUGAUUGUGUCUUAUCUACAUAUUUCCUCCUGGAAGCAGCUCUGAAAGCUGGUGAUGAAUGAGCUAAUGCCUGCAAUUAAAAGUCCAUCAAUUGUCUUGUGUAAUUAAGGGUUGGGUUUUCCCCAACAUUCAAGCUUUGGUGCAAAGCAUCUUGCAAUGCAACUUCUUUAGCAGGGGGUGAAGCAGAGCUGGCUGGAGCUGCCUGAUGCGGGCCUUUGGGACAUGAGGAGAAGUUUUCCAGGCUCAGCAGCUGCCUGAGGUUCAGGCACUAUGCUGGCCUCUUUUUAUGCUGGUCAAAUUUGAGAGGAAAAAUGGGACAUUAAAUUUAAUUAAAUGUUUUUUGUUAACUUAGGUCCUAAAGGUUAUCUCAGACACAUGCUUUCAGUUCCCCUCCUAAAAAACACAUUGUGGGAAAAGCCUGCCUCAUUUGACCAUCCCUUUGACUUCCCAAAGUAACCUCCAGCAGCUUGAGGAGAAAUUAAAAAAAAAGAAUAAUCAGCAUUAACAGAAAAAAAAUUUGUUUCCUUUAAAGAAGUGGCAACGCUUAAGCGAGAAGCUUGUUUUAGGGUGUGAAAGCGCUUGUAUGCAGAGCUGCUGCCUGGGCAGCUGCAGGGGUUUACCUUCGGGAGCAGCGCCUUGGGUCGUGGGAGGGAGCUGAGCUGCAAACCCCUCCUGUAGCCUAGGCACCCCUUUUUGCUGGAUUUUGAUGGGUU